GCCGGAUGAUCUUGGAUGCCUUCGCCCAGCAGUGCAGCCGCGUUCUCAGUCUCCUGAACUGUGGAGGGAAACUUCUGGACUCCAACCACUCUCAAUCCAUGAUUUCUUGCGUAAAGCAGGAAGGCUCAACUUACAAUGAAAGACAGGAACAGUGUCACAUUGGGAAAGGGGUCCACAGUCAGACCUCAGACAGUGUUGACAUAGAGAUGCAAUAUAUGCAAAGGAAGCAACAGACUUCUGCCUUCUUGAGAGUUUUCACGGACUCUCUACAAAAUUACCUGCUCUCGGGGAGCUUCCCGACUGCGAACGCCUCAUCGGUCAGUGAGUACGGCCACUUGGCCGACAUGGAUCCUCUGUCCACCUCCCCUGUGCAUACGCUAGGUGGCUGGACCUCCCCAGCAACAUCCGAAUCCCACGGGCACCCGUCCUCAUCCACACUGCCGGAGGAGGAAGAGGAGGAGGAAGAGGAAGGCUACUGUCCUAGAUGCCAGGAGCUGGAACAGGAGGUUAUUUCACUGCAACAAGAGAAUGAGGAGCUCAGAAGGAAGUUAGAAAGCAUCCCAGUACCCUGCCAGACAGUUCUAGAUUACUUGAAGACGGUCCUGCAGCACCACAACCAACUCUUGAUACCACAGCCAACUGAUCAGCCAACAGAGGGGAGCAAGCAGCUGUUGAACAACUAUCCAGUCUACAUCACAAGCAAACAGUGGGACGAGGCCGUAAAUUCUUCCAAGAAAGACGGGCGACGGCUCCUCCGCUACCUCAUCAGAUUUGUUUUCACGACCGAUGAGCUUAAGUACUCAUGCGGCCUUGGGAAAAGGAAAAGGUCAGUGCAGUCAGGAGAGACAGGUCCUGAAAGACGCCCUCUGGAUCCAGUUAAAGUAACAUGCCUCCGAGAAUUCAUUAGGAUGCACUGCACUUCCAACCCUGACUGGUGGAUGCCCUCGGAGGAGCAGAUCAACAAAGUGUUCAGCGACGCCGUGGGCCAUGCCCGGCAGGGGCGGGCCGUGGGGACAUUUCUGCACAACGGCGGCUCAUUCUACGAAGGCAUUGACCACCAGGCUUCCCAGGAUGAAGUCUUCAAUAAAAGUUCCCAGGAUGGGUCUGGGGAUUAGUGGACAGAACCUUUUUGUGGUAGCAGCCGGUCCUCUCAAAAGUUCCAAUUGUGAAUGUUCUGUCACCUGAGA